AGCAUUGGAAAAGAGUUUGUGUUCCUCCUAUACCUUUUCUCUUCAUUAAAAAAAAAACUUUUUUUUCUUUCUUUCUUCUUCCUCCGAUUCUCGCCAUCACCACAGCCUUGGAACAAGCUCUGCUCUGGAUGCACCGGGUUGCAAGUUCAGGGAGUAAUGGCGGUUCUGUCCGCAAUCGCAAAGAGAAGAAGCUUACCUAUGUCUUAAACGAUGGCAACGACUUAAACGAUGGCAACGACUCAAAGCACUGUGCUGGCGUUAAUUGCUUGGAUGUGUUGAAGUCGUCUGUUUCCGGUGAUCAGAGCUACCUCUUCACUGGAAGUCGUGAUGGUACACUUAAGAGAUGGGCUUUUGAUGAGGAUGCGUCCUUUUGCUCAGCUACCUUUGAGUCUCAUGUUGAUUGGGUGAAUGACGCUGCUUUGGCUGGUGAAAGCACUCUUGUUUCUUGUUCUUCAGACACUACUGUCAAGACAUGGGACAGCUUAUCAGAUGGAGCCUGUACGAGGACUUUCCGUCAGCACACGGACUAUGUUACUUGUCUGGCAGUUGCGGCAAAAAAUAGCAAUGUUGUUGCAUCUGGUGGCCUUGGCGGGGAGGUUUUUAUAUGGGAUAUCGAAGCUGCUUUAUCACCAGUUGCGAAACCUAAUGAUGCAAUGGAAGAAGGUUCUACAAAUGGUCUUGGGAACUCUCAGCCCGUCACAAGUUUAAGAAACGUUGGUUCGAGCAACAAUAUCUCUGUGCAGUCAUCACCAUCCCAUGGGUACGCACCAACGAUUGCUAAAGGCCAUAAGGAGUCCGUCUAUGCUUUGGCGAUGAAUGAUGCAGGGACGAUGCUCGUCUCUGGUGGAACAGAGAAGGUUUUGCGUGUCUGGGACCCUAGAACUGGUUCAAAAACUAUGAAGCUGAGGGGGCACACAGAUAAUGUCAGAGUGCUGCUUCUAGACUCAACUGGCAGGUUUUGCUUGUCUGGGUCCUCUGAUUCUAUGAUAAGACUUUGGGAUCUAGGUCAGCAGCGAUGUCUUCAUACCUAUGCGGUGCACACAGAUUCUGUUUGGGCGCUUGCAUGCACUCCAUCAUUUACUCAUGUUUACAGCGGUGGAAGAGACCAAUCUCUAUACUUGACAGACUUGGCAACAAGAGAGAGCGUUUUGAUGUGUACCAAGGAACAUCCGAUUCAGCAAUUAGCGUUGCAAGAUGAUAGUAUAUGGGUUGCAACAAUAGACUCCUCUGUAGAGAGAUGGCCCGCCGAAGUACAGAGUCCUGAAAAGGUCUUUCAACGAGGUGGCUCUUUCUUGGCUGGGAAUUUGUCUUUCAAUAGGGCGAGAGUGUCCUUGGAAGGACUAAAUCCACCCCCUGCCUACAAGGAGCCUUUGAUGACUAUUCCAGGAAGCCACCCGAUUGUGCAGCAUGAGAUUUUAAAUAAUAAAAGGCAAAUCUUAACCAAGGACGCAGGUGACUCAGUGAAACUAUGGGAUAUAACUAAGGGUGUUGUGGUAGAGGACUUUGGGAAGAUAUCAUUUGAAGAGAAGAAAGAAGAACUGUUUGAAAUGGUAAGCAUUCCAUCAUGGUUUACUGUGGAUACACGACUUGGAUGCUUAUCCUUACAUUUGGAGACUCCACAAUGCUUCUCUGCUGAGAUGUAUUCAGCAGACCUCAAAGUUUCCGGGCGACCCGAAGAUGAUAAGAUUAAUCUAGGUCGUGAAACACUGAAAGGCCUGCUGGGUCAUUGGAUGGCAAAGAAGAAGCACAAACCAAAACCCCAAGCUCUUACCUCUGGAGAUGUUCUAUCCGUAAAGGAUACCAAAAAGAAUCUGAAUGCAUCCAAAAGUGAAGACAGCAGUGCUGGGAAUGAUCCGGUGUAUCCUCCAUUUGAGUUUCCUUCUAUCUCCCCUCCGUCCAUCAUCACUGAGGGUUCUCAAGGAGGUCCAUGGAGGAAGAAGAUAACUGAGUUUACCGGAACUGAAGAUGAGAAGGACUUCCCCUUGUGGUGCCUGGACGCCGUCUUGAACAAUCGUCUUCCACCUAGAGAAAAUACAAAAUUAAGCUUCUUCCUGCAUCCAUGCGAAGGCUCAAAUGUGCAGGUGGUCACACUAGGGAAACUUAGUGCACCCCGGAUCUUAAGAGUUCACAAGGUUACCAAUUACGUUGUGGAGAAGAUGGUCCUUGACAGUCCGUUGGAUAGUUUAGCUACUGAUGGAGCAAGUGUUUCAGGAGGACCACAGCAACUGUUUGCAGGAAAUGGACUGCUAACGGCUGGAUCAAAGCCUUGGCAGAAACUCAGACCUUCCAUUGAGAUCUUAUGUAAUAACCAGGUCUUAUCUCCAGAGUGGAGUUUGGCAACUGUGCGGACGUUUGUAUGGAAGAAACCUGAGGAUCUAAUCCUCAACUACAGGGUGGCUGUAUCUAAAUAACUUACGAGAUUUGUGACCAAAUGGGAAUCUGCUGCUUCAUAUAAAAAUACAUGCAAGUCUAUAGCUUUUCAAUGUUUGUUCAUUCCGAACGGGUAUAAAUCAUGGUUUUAGUUUACUCAGCUACAUGCGGGCGUGAAUGCAGGAGCUGUUGAUAAAAGGUCCAAGAUUUUAGAUGAGAUGGUGUCGACAACUUUACUAAUAUUUGUACAUUUUGAGCUUUGAGAAAGAGUAACAAACUUACUAUCUCUGUUUUUCAUUGUGCCCUGAACAAAUGCUCUGUAUCUAAAGUAAAAUCAAACACUCUCAUUCACAA